UUGGCAAGUUGAGCAAGUUCAAGGACUCCCAACGGCUGAGCUCAGCUGGCUUUCUGUCCGGUGAAUAAAGAGCUACAACAGAGUUUUCUUGCUCAGACGGUGGAGCGGAUUAGCCAUGGAGCUGUUCCUCUUGGGUGUAGUGUUGGUGACAUUUGUGGGGGCAACUUCUCAAAGCCUGGAAGCUCCCCCAGCCCUCCUGCCCCGCGAUGUAGCCCGGAUGGCAGUCGACGAGUACAACCAAGAAACUGAAGGACAGGCUGUCUUCAAGCUCCUGAAACUCAGAAACACCUACAAAACGAGGUUUGGCUGGGGUGUUCAUUUCAGCAUGAACUUCACCAUCAAAGAAACCCACUGUCGCAAAAAGAACAAUUACAGGAUUGGAGAAUGCAGAUACAAGGCAAAUGGACCCAUAAGGGACUGUUCUGCCCAGGUGUCAAUGCUCAACUUCAUGCAAGACUCUCCGUUGACUUCUAUGAAAUGCCACCCCUUGCAGCGGGCAAACAGCCCUGGCAGCCCAAAACCAAAACCCAACUCUCGGCCCCAGGCAGUGGUACCUCCGCCCCAAGUCCACUCGGAGUACUUUCCGUCCUCCUAUUCUACUGCAGCUUUGAUGUCUGUCGAAGAAGAAUAACAGCCACACGCAGCUCAACCCAAACAGGAGACCCUAUCGGAGCUCUGAGGCCUUCUUCUCUGCAUCACCAGCUUCAAUGAAUGCCACAAACAUUUUGCAUAGACUUACUGACCUCGUUUGGGUGGUCAGAUAUGAUUGUACGUUCCCUCUGGCUAUCCAAAUGCCAUUCAUGUUCUAGUGAGUCCUUGGAGAUUUUUGAAUUUGUUGGUUUUUAAAAAAUCGGCAGUGAGGUUUUGCAUAUUCCUGACCUCACUUUGCAGCCAGAGGAAACUCUUUCAGAACCUCUUUGCCUGAAGGCCAUUUCAGAGAAGCACUUGGGUGCCAAAUUCCAUUGGUUGGCACAAUCAAAGUCCAAAGGGGCAAGCUAACCAAAUCCCAGCAUACUUUAGCUUAAAGCUC